UGCUUUUUAAAAAAACAACAUUAAAGUCAACAUGACGUUUAAGUUAUUUUUUAUCUGUGUUCUCGCUACUGUCAUUCAGAAAACUACACCCCAAUUUAUUGGCAGUACAAUAAAUAAUGGCUUUAAUAGAAACUCAAUCAAUUCAUUUGAAAAAGGGCAUGGACUUUACGGUCCAAAUAUAGCAUAUCCUGCUAAUGCUUACGAUGCUAUUGCAAGUGGUAUUUACGGACCUGCCAAUCCACUGGCAUACGGCGGUAUAGCGAAUACUAUUUCUGGUCCAGCCAAUGCAUGCGACGGUACGGUCUACGGGCUGAGUUUAGACACGCUGGCCGCAUCUCGCUGUGGUGGCUUUUCCGUGAGAAGUUCAUCACCAAUUGGAGUGAAUGGCAUUUUCAUUGAAACAGAAAACAUGGUGAUUGAAGGUCCAUUAUCAGUCACUGGCGAGUUGCCAUUUUUAGGAACUGUAGCUUUAGAAGGCACAUUGCCAGCUAAUGGUAACGGCGCUGUUUCAUAUGGCUGCGGUGAUGGCAAUGUUGCCAUUUUAAAUGAAGAAUAUCCGCCCAUUGCACCUGCUGGACCUGCAGGAUAUGGCUGCAAGACGAUACCGACACCUGGACCGACACCCGCUGUAUCUGGACAAUAUGCUUACAACAGACUAGGUCCAUAUGGAGCACGUGGAUUUUACUAGUUAAAACCGGAUUCCCUCCUUAAAAAGACGUGCGUCGAUCAGCAGUACUAUUCUGUAAAUAUCUUCGUAUCUCAUAGGUGAUAUGAUAUUUUGAUCUGUGUAUGCUUUAAAGGAUCUAAUCACCGAGUCAUAUAAUGACCGUGCUAUGAACGUAUCAGUUACGGAAGCAAGUUUAAAAUGUAGUCCAUGCUCACUAGAAUGUGAGUGACCGUAGCAUCCGAGAAUCAUCCGCGUGAGCUAUCUGUAUGACUUCCGUUGAACAACUGAGAGCAGUUGCAAUAAAAUCUUUUUGCAUCGAGAAGUAUGAACUAAGCCAUUCCGUUAACAAACAACACCGUCGGGUGCCAUGUUUACCAACAUGCCAUUUAUUUUUUAUGGCACCGG